UUUUAGAAAUAGUUUGCUCAUGAAGAAUCUCAGAGGAUCCGAACCGGGUUUAAAUCCAGCUGCUGCAUCAGAACCAUUCUGCUCUGCAGAACCAGUUUGGAUCAGAACAAUGUUCUUCAGUUCAGUUCCUACCAGGUUCUGCAGCUGCAGUCCGAACAGAACCGCCCCGGUUCUGAUUCUGCUCUCUCUCUCUCUCUCUCUCUCUCUCUCUCUCUGUCUCUUUCUCUCCUCCCGCCCCCUCUCCUUCCUGCGCAUGCGCGCUGCCCUCCCAGCCUCCAGUUUCCGUGUUGUUCUGUGUGUCAGCGCAGUGACGCGGAUCAUCACAGUCGAGAGAAGAGGAGGAGAGGGAACAACAGAGGAAGACAAAGAGGAGAUGAAGAAUAAAGUCAGCAGCACUCAAGUCAGCGUGAAGAGGCGCUCCUGGUCCUGGCAGCAGUACCUGAACGAGCAGAAGGCCGAGGCAGCUCCGCCCUCUCUCUUCACCCAGGACCAGUCCUGUCCCAGCAGGAGGACGGCCUUCAAGGUGGGCAUGAAGCUGGAGGGCAUCGACCCGCUGCAUCCCUCCAUGUUCUGUGUGCUGACCGUCGCCGAGGUGAUUGGCUGCCGGCUGCGUCUCCACAUCGACGGAUACUCAGAGUGCUAUGACUUCUGGGUAAACGCCGACUCACCUGACAUCAGACCCGCCGGAUGGUGCAGAGAGCACCGCCACAAGCUCCACCCACCCAAAGGUCACAGUGAGACGGAGUUCGAUUGGCAGGACUACCUGCAGUCCUCAGGUUCCCUCGCAGCUCCGCCCACCCUGUUCACCUGUCGCUCCACUGUGUGUGAGUUCCAGGUGGGGAUGAAGCUAGAGGCGGUGGACAAGAAGAACCCGGGACUGGUGUGUGUGGCGUCUGUCGCUGAUGUCAUCAACGACCGCUUCCUGGUUCACUUCGACAACUGGGACGACACCUAUGACUACUGGUGUGACAGCAGCAGUCCCUACAUCCAUCCGGUGGGCUGGUGUGAGGUGCAGGGCCGACCGCUGACUGCGCCGCAGGGUAUGUACCUGGACCAGAACCAGAACCAGCUUCUAGUCUCCAGUACUAUUACUACUGGUAGUAGUACUGUAGUAGUACUCAUAGGCGUAAAUCCCGGAGGGGGGGGAAUCCAGACCUCCCCAAUCUUGGAAAUGUCUAGAAACCCUUUUAUUUAAACAAUGUCAAUAUAAAAAAGGCAACAGAACAAAGAACCAAGGAAGGCGGCCGUUCAUCUAAGAAAAAAAUAAGAAUUCAUUUUUAGGUCCCCUCCACAGCGUUCUGUCACAUCAGCAUACGCUGUCAGAUAGUCGUACGCUUUGCUCAGACAUGCAUACGCUGUCAUUACCAUAUGAUUUUAUUUAAUCAGCAACAUUAAAUAAGCAACUUAGUAUGCAUACGCGGGCAUGGUACUCACUGCAUGUAUGCUGUCCUGACAGCGUGUGGCUGUCUGAUAGAACAGGCUCCGCUAGAGCCGCUAAGUGAGGAGCUAGCUGUUAGCUGUUAGCUGUGGCUCUACAGCACUAACUAAAAAAAACCCUCCAGUAAGUAAAUACUAAAGCAAAAGACAUGUUACACGUUUUAUUUACUUUCACUGCUGAUAGGAAGAAGCACAUUAACAAUAAACAGUUUAUUUCAUUACUUUGGCUGAAUGAUGAUAAACUGCCUCCUUAUGCCUUGGAAAUCAAAACUAGCUAAGCUGCUCCAUUGCUUUCAUAGACUCAGCUCCUUCGUCGGUAGAAGGUAGACAAUAUUUCAGUUACAUUUAGCUCUGCAACUCUUACUUUAAUAAGCAGAGUUUGAAACGGGAGCAGCUGAGCGUUAGCAUUAGCCAACAGCUCAGUAUGGGAGCCGAGAGCAGAGGGGCGACUGCAGC